CUCGCCGGCGGUCCCGUCGCCGUCCGGCCACUCGCCUCCCUCGCGGGCCAACGCUGCCCUGUCGACGUCCAGCCACUCGCCACCCUCGCCGGCCAGCCUCCCCUCGCGUGCCCUCCAACGAUAGCGGCGCCUUCAUCCCAGACGACCGGCGCCCCUGCCAGAUUUGCAGUACAGCGCCGCUUUGAUCCCCAUCGACCGGCGCUUCCAGCGCCGCCCCAUCGACGUCCAGCAGUCCCCCUCGCCGUUCAGCCACUCCAGCGCCUCCGCGUCGACCGGCGCGUCAUCGUCCUUCAGAUCCGACUCACUGCCUCGCCCUCUGUUUCCCUUCAAGUCCAGCGCCUCCAAAUCGACCAAAAAAGAAGGCCAAAUCUGGACGGUGUACUUCUACGAAGGCCAAGUUUGAGGAGUGAUAGUGUUGCACCGCAGCCCUCUCCAUUGGCAGGACAUGGCAGGCCAUCGCCACCGACCUAAAAGAAUAGUCGCACAAGCUCAUCAACCAAGUGAUGAGACUCAAGGGAACAACAAUGAGAAUGGUCCCUCCUGCAACAAUGGGAGUACCUCCAACAAUGAUAGUGGUGUAACAACUAAGAAAAGGAAGGGGCGGACACGCACCCAACUAAAAAGGCCACCAAAUGGCAUUCGCAUUGCAAUUCAACCAAAAGGUGACAGUCACUUUGAAGGAGAUAAGGGGAUAGGUGGCCAGAUUACUGCACUUCUCAAACGUGAAUACCCGUCCAUUAUCAAGGAGAAGAAUAAGGAAGGUGUGGAAAUCAAGCGUCAUGCAUCUUCUUGGGAAGAUUAUUACAUUAACAAAGUUACUGAAGGUGAAAAUAUUGGGGAAGCAGCUGCACAUCGUUUGAUGCGGGAGUUUUGGAGUAUAUACAAACUAGUUGAUGAUUCUCCUGCCCAAAUAAUUGAAGCUGAUCGUAUUCUUGAAAAUUCCGCAAAGAGACAAUUUAGGCAGAUGUGGUACCAAGCCCGUAAGGAAGCCGUCAAACUGUACUAUAAGGAUAUUGUUAAGGAGCCCAUCAAAGAUCAUGAAGCAUGUCAAAAAGAGCUUAACAAAAACCAAUAUAUGCAAGCUCAGCUUUAUUGGUGCACUGAUCAAGUCAGAGGAUAUUGCACAAAACCGGGGUGGUUCACGAUCAUUUGUUCAGACCCAAAGCAUGUUGGGAAAAGAGCAUGGGCCUGCAGCAGCAACAAACAUGAACACUUACAAGUGCAUGAAGGCAGGAGUUAAAAAUUGUACCGAGAGUGGAGAAAGUGGCCCCAUCAACAACACUAAGGUCAACGAGCGUCUUAACACCUAUUACACAGCUCUGAAAGCAGCAGAUCCACUACAUUGGAAGGACCGUGAUCUCGAUCCAGAAAUCAUGUACUCCUCCAGUGGUGGCAUGCCCCAUGGGCGACUAGCAAUAGGUGAUGGUGCUAUAAAGAAAGCAGUGGUCGUUGCAAAAGCUAGAGAGAAUGACACAAGGCCAUCAAACUCCAUAUCAUACCAUUGUUUAUUGAAGGAAAAUGCUCAACUUAAAAAGCGGUGCAAGAAUAAUUUUGUUUUGAGCAAACAUGUACAGGGUUUUUAUGGCAAGCUGGGAUGGGAAGUACCCGAAGAUCUUCUUGCCUACCAAGAUGAGCUGAUGGAUGGCGGUGAUCUGACUUUGCAGAUGAAUGAAACACCCCAAGCCCAAGAGGAUGGUGGUACUCCAAUGACAGAUUCUUCACAUGAUGAAAGGCAUGUUGAUGCUGGUACUCAAAUGGAUGAUCAUGGUUCUGCUCCAACACAUGAAAAUCAUUUAGGAAUGCCAUAGUUAUAGUUAGUGCUUGUAUUGGUAACUAUGUGCACGGACCCUUUUAUUUGUCAAUCGCUACUACUGAUGGAAAUUUAGGACUCUAGUAUGUCUUUUGGUCUGGCUAAUAACUAGUGUUAAGUUGAGCUUUUGGUAAUUACGUGAAUCUGGUGAACAUGGAGGUUUGUGUAUUGGAUAUAUAUUGUGAGCUAUAAAUGGGAUGUCAUCUUAAA